CUGUCAGGUCGCGGUGUGAGAGGCCGGGGGGGGCUCGUGGGUGCGACUGUGCCCCGUUUCCCCUCAGCGGCCUUCCUUCCGCGACUUCCUUCCACAAGCUGCUUGGGUUCGUGUCUGUGCGGCAGCGUCUCCAGCCUUGUGAGGUAGUAAAGCAGUGCUUGGCCCUAGCUGGCAGCCAUAAUGCUUUCAAGCAUCUGUGUGAAGGAGUUUGGGUGUAUUUCGAGCUUUUCGGGAAGAUCAGCUGUUCUCUGGCUUUCAGGGUGGCUGUGUAUCGCUUUGUAUUGGCACCAUAAUUGAAGCGUGUUGAUGGUGGGUGUGUUUAGCGACAAAAGCAGGCUUAUUUUCUCAUGUGAACACCUUUGUGGGAGCUGGCUUUGCCCCUGCCUUGCACUCACCUUAGCCUCAACCCAUGUCCUCAUAUUCUCUGCAGGCAAUGAGUAAGCAGCAGGCUUCCCUGUGGUGACCAGCCCAGUGACACUGUACCCAAAAUGCAGUUGUGCUGCUGGGAGACUUCCAUGUGGUGCUGCUGGUGGUUCCAGAGUGAACGUGCUGCAUCCUACCUCUCCUUUCCCACCUAGGCAAUCCCGGAAGAUCUUCCUCCUCACUGAACGCAGGGUCUGAUGCAUCCCCCUUCCCUGCUCCGGUGUCCAACUGCUGCGUCCCAGGAUCCUUUCCCUGCUGCCAGGAAUGAGGGUGUCUCCUGCCUGUCAGCUCUCAGCCUCACUUGCUGCAGGUGUGAGAGGUUUCAUGCCAGUGAUCGGCGGCUGAGCAGCGUGCUGCCCACUAUGGCCAACUGGUUUAAGCGGCUUGUACACAAGCCCAAGCCCAGGUCAGUGGAGAGCAGUCUCAACACCAGCCGCUCUGCUUCAUCUUCACCUUCCUCCUCCUCAUCCUCUGCUGAGAGCUCCGGCUCUUCUCCCGGCACAAGCCUGGCCAGGUCUGUCCGCUCGUCACCCGUGUUGGACAUCAACGCCUCGGGCAGCGCCCGGUGGGCCAAGAGCUAUGAUGUCUGCAUCUGCCACAGCGAGGUGGACCUGGAGCUGGUGGAGGAGCUGGUGUCCUACCUGGAGGGUCAACCCGAAAGCUUCCGUUGUUUCCUCCAGCUGCGGGACGCGGCACCGGGAAGCGCGGUGGUGACGGAGCUGUGCGACGCCGUGCAAAACAGCCACUGCUGGGUCAUGCUCAUCACCCCUGGCUUCCUCCGGGACCCUUGGUGCAAGUACCAGAUGCACCAGGCGUUGGCCGAAGCUCCGAUGGCCAACGGGCGCACCAUCCCGGUGUUGAAGGACGUGGAUCGGAAGGAUUAUCCCAAGGAGCUGCGAAACCUCUACUACAUCUACAUGGCGUUGAAGGAGAACAGCUUCAGGCAGAUCAGAGACACCAUCAUGCGCUACCUCCAGGAGCUGUGCCGGAGCUCCGCAAGCAGGACGGAGUAGUGCCGGGAGCAGGCAGAGGCGUCCCCGUGGGCGUUUCGGAGCUGCUCCUGCCGGAUCUGGAUGCGGCCACAUCCUGACGGACCUCGGGCAGGAGGGUGAAGCCGAGCUGCUCAGACCAGACUUGGGAGCCGAAGACGGGGAUGUCCCCACACGCGUGGAGGGGGGGGACAGUGGUGUGGAGCCUGCUGUGUCCUGCUGAUGCUACGGCGGCCAAAACCCCCUUGGUGGGUACGGGGACAUCCUCUGGCAGGUCCCUGCUGCUCGGCACACAAACACUAAGCUCUGCUGUUUGGGGAGGCGGUCCAGGGGGGUCUUCAGAGCCUCUUGUGCUGGUGUCCCCUCGGGGCGAGAACUGGUCCUGGAGGGGCUCUGGAUCCCCAGUAAGCUGACAUGGUGCCUGCCCCACAGUGCUGGGCUGCGGGUGGGAAGAGGAGGGGCAGGUGCCAGCGGUGUCUUUGCACGGGUUUGUUGGGACUAUGAAAAUGCAGAAGGUUUAAAUUUUG